AUGCAACUGCUGUCUACAAAGGACCAGUUCAUCCCUAACUACAAGUGUGAUGAUCAGGGCAAAGUAAUGGCUGUAAUUGGAGGACCCAAUUCUAAUCUAUGUCUUGAUCUGGCAACUAUCCUCAACAACUACCAGAUACCACAGAUAUUGUAUGGUUCUGCUGCAUCAGUGAACAAAAAAAGCAAAAGAGAUUUCUUCUACUGGUUGUUUCCGGAUGAUGGCCUUCAGUACAGGGGGAUUCUCCAGUUGUUUUUAUAUUUUGGAUGGACCUGGAUUGGGAUGAUUUCUGUGAAUUACGAUGAUGGAGACUGGUUUGUACAGAAUGUAGUUCCAGUGUUUGGCCAGAAAGGGAUCUGCUUUGACUUCAUUGAAAGUUUUCCCAAAACAUCAUAUAACAUUGAUAUUUCAGAACUGUGGUCAGAGGGGAGUGAAUUAUAUGAAGUUAUUAUGGGGAGCACAGCCAAUGCUGUGGUUGUACAAAGUGAGAUUCUGUUAAAUCUGAGAGUGCUGCUCUGCCUACCUCAAUCUGAGGAGCUGCCUAACAAAACAAAAGGCAAAGUCUGGAUUAUGAUAGCUCAGAUGGAAUUCACAGCAAUCGCCUUUCAGAGAAAUUGGUCCAUAAGUUUUCUUCAUGGCGCUAUGUCUGUUGCGAUUCACUCAGAAGAACUGAUGGGAUUCCAAGAAUUCAUUCAGAAAAGCAACCCAAUAACUGAGAAAGGAAAUGGUUUUAUCAAGGAAUUUUGGAAAGAUGUGUUUCUGUGUGUGUUUCCCGGCUUCAUGGGACAUGAGAACACUGUGGAAAAGUGCACUGGGGAGGAGAAGCUGGAGACACUUCCCUCAUCAGUUUUUGACCUGACCAUGACUGGCCGUAGCUACAGCAUCUACAAUGCAGUCUAUGCUGUGGCUCAUGCUUUACAUGCCAUGUGUUCUUUACAAAGGAAACACAGGGUGAUGGUAGAUAGUACCAAUUGGAAGCUUCAGAACCUACAGCCAUGGCAGCUGCAUCAGUUCUUGAGAAGCAUCUCAUUCAACAAUAAUGUUGGAGAUCUAAUUUCUUUUGAUGAGAAUGGGCAACUAAUGGCAGGAUUUGAUGUUAUAAACUGGGUUACAUUCCCAAACCAGUCCUUUCACAGAAUCAAAGUUGGAAAGAUCAACCCAAAUACCACAGAAGAAAAAAUCCUCACUAUUAAGAAGGAUACUAUUGUUUGGCCAAGUAGGUUUAAUCAGGGACAUCCUAUUUCCAUGUGCAGUGGCCAUUGUCCUUUAGGGUAUAGAAAGACUAAGAAAGAAGGGAAGCCAUUUUGCUGUUAUGAUUGCCUUCCAUGUCCAGAAGGGAAGAUUUCAAUACAGGAGGAUUCAGAGGACUGCUUCCAAUGCCCGGAUGACCAGUAUGCAAAUGCAGACCAUGAUUUUUGCAGUCCCAAAGACACAACAUUUCUAUCUUAUGAAGAACCUUUAGGAAUCACUUCAGCCAUUUUUGCUUCCUGUUUUUCUUUCAUCACAGCGGUGGUGCUUGCAGUCUUCAUUAGAUACCAGCAUACUCCCAUUGUCAAAGCCAAUAAUCGGAAUCUCACCUACAUGCUCCUCAUUUCGCUUCUGCUAUCCUUCCUCUGUGCUUUGCUUUUCAUUGGUCGCCCUCUAACAAUCACAUGCCUUCUUCGACAAGCUGCUUUUGGUGUCAUCUUCUCAGUAGCUGUUUCUUGUGUGUUGGCCAAAACUAUCAUUGUGGUUCUAGCUUUUAUGGCCACCAAGCCCAAAUCUAGGAUGGGGAAAUGGGUAGGGAAGUCACUGGCCAAUGCCAUUGUUCUUUCAUGCUUUCUCAUUCAAGCCAUGAUUUGUAUUGUGUGGCUGGGAACCUCUCCCCCUUUCCCUGAUGUGGAUCUACACUCAGUGAAAAAAGAAAUUGUUCUUGAAUGCAAUGAAGGGUCAACCAUUAUGUUUUAUUCUGUCUUGUGCUUCAUAGGAUUUCUUGCUUUGGUCAGCUUCCUGGUGGCUUUCCUAGCCAGGAACUUGCCUGACAGCUUCAACGAAGCCAAGUUCAUCACUUUCAGCAUGUUGGUGUUCUGCAGCGUUUGGCUGUCCUUUUUCCCAGCCUACCUGAGCACCAGAGGAAAGUACAUGGUGGCUGUGGAGAUCUUCUCUAUCUUAAGUUCUAGUGCAGGGUUACUGUUUUGUAUCUUUUCUCCCAAAUUUUACAUUAUAAUUUUAAACCCUGAAUUGAACAAAAGAGAGCAAUUAAUGAGGAGAAAGUAUUAA